AUGACGGAUAAAGAGAAAACCAAAAGAACCCCAGCAGACUUUGACAUAGAUGGCCAUGAUUCCGGUUAUAGAUUUCUCGAAGUAAGACUCGAUAAAGCCGGCAGCCAUGAAUGGGGUUCGAUGAAACAUGGAGUCCAGGAGGCACUAGAGGAGUACGGUUGUUUCGAGGCUUUGUUCGACCAAGUCGUGGAGGUCCGGACUCCGCCCCUUCGUGGCUAUUAUGAGUCUCCACCACCGAGAUCGUUGGAAAUCAUAUCGGCUGAUGAUGGGAGUAUUGCUGAAAACGUUGAACAACAGCUCGCUACCCCUUUAUGGCCUCAAGGAAACAUAAGCUUCAGUAAAACUAUGGUAUCAUUCGCUCAGCUAGUAAUGGAAUUAGAGAAGACAAUUAUGAGGAUGAUUUCAAGAGUUUUGGGGGUUGAGAAAUACGUGGUUGAGCUCAUUGACUCCACAAAUUAUCAGCUGAGGGCCAUGAAAUAUGAAGGGUCCAACACCAGCGAGCCAACCAGUGGAUCUAUCAUGGCAGGUAUGGUUAAAUGGUCGAUUAUCUCCACCUUGCCGUCGGGUGAUGAUGACGGAAAACAAGGUCAGAUAUACCGUCGGAGUGUUUGCAUGGACGAAAGGAGGCUACCCAGUGAAGGCUCCAAGAGAACUUGUUGA